GCUGACCAGGCUGGCACAGGCCGUCGAGGCCCUGCUGCGGAACCACCGGUGUGGCUCUUGGGGCGCGGCCCCCACCUGGCAGGUCUGAGGGGAGGCAGAGGGCGGAGCCGCUGGCCGCAUGAAUCCUACCGGCAAACCUCUUCCACCGUGUUAGACAUGGUGUGACAAGUACUGUACCCUGGUAGUGGUGACAAGUACUCAACCCUGGCCUCGUCAGGCACUCUCGGUUGGGGAGAAUAAGCAAGCCUCCGCCAUGUGUCAGCUAUUGUGCGCGACACAGGGUUGCCUGGAUGACUUUCAAAAGGAACAAGAUGGGAGACCCCGAAGCAGGCAAGAAGAUUUUCAUUCAGAAAUGUGCUCAGUGCCACACAGUGGAAAAAGGCGGAAAACAUAAGACUGGGCCAAAUCUCUGGGGGCUCUUUGGCCAAAAAACAGGGCAAGCACAAGGAUAUUCGUAUACUGAUGCGAACAAAAAUAAAGGUAUUGUCUGGGGAGAAGACACUUUGAUGGAAUAUUUGGAGAAUCCAAAGAAAUAUAUCCCUGGAACUAAAAUGGUCUUUGCUGGUCUUAAAAAGAAGAGUGAGAGAGAACAUCUUAUUCAGUAUUUGAAACAGGCCACGUCAUGAAAUGCUAUUGCAGUUUCAAAAAUAUUAGUUAUAAGCCAGAAUUAUCCAAUUUAAGAUACUGAAUCUUUUAAAAAGUCAUAUUUGAUCUUCCUCGAUCAGUCUGUUAGUAAAUGUAAAUAUUUACAAUAAAGUUUCAUAUAGUUGAUGUGUGUAGCGCUACUCA